AUGGCGCUCCUAGAAUCUCAGAACAGGAAAAUACUUCGCAUGCUGACGAAGCUACCUGGAGCACCUACCCCUGUGGCUGAAGAAUCUCCUGAUGGCUACGCCCAAUCCCCCUUCGUGGAAGAAAUCGCAAGAGCCAGGAUUCCCAAAAAGAUCAACGUGACCCAGCCUCACAAGCUGUAUGAUGGAGCUGCGGAUCCCUAUGACCAUGUGGCUCAAUAUAAACAGAAGAUGUGGACUCUGUCCAUUCCUGAGCAUCUGCUAGAAGCCACCAUGUGCAAUUUGCAAGCAGCAGGUCCUAGAGAAGCACACGGCGACUUGUAUCGCAUCACCCAGAAAGCCAAUGAAGCUGUGAGGCAGUACCUGGAUCGAUUCAACAAGGAAAUGAUCUCUGUCAAGAACCUGGAUGUUCCCACAGCUAUCGAAGCAUUCAGGAGAGGACUAACCUAUAAAUCUAGAUUGUAUUAUGAAUUGACCAGGUACCCAUGUGGCACAUUCGAAGAGGUCAGGGCCAGAGCUAUGGCUGAGAUACGUGUCGAGGAGGACGAGGCGUCCAGGUACGUGAGCGAGCCUAGCUACGAUCGGAAAUCCCAGAACCAGAAGAAGACUGAUUGGCGCCAUCAGCCAUAUCAGAAGCGCGAAAGUAAUAACGUAGCCAGCAAGGCCACAGGUAAAUCAUCUAACAACGAUUACCCUUCCAUUGCUUCCUACUGUUUUAACGUGGAUGCAGGAGGCGUAGUAAACGCACUAGAAAAGCUGGGAACCACAGUUAGGUGGCCUCGCAAAAGCGACAGACCAGACAGCGAGAAGGACACCACCAAGUGGUGUAGCUACCAUGGCGACCAUGGCCAUCGAACAGAAGAAUGCAAUGCUCUCAAAAAGGAGGUGGCAUGGCUGCUCAAGAAGGGCUAUCUCGAGCACUUGAUGGGGAAGAAGGGGCAGCAAGAAGAUAAAGCUGGCCCCAGCCAGCAACAGCCUCAUCCGCCACCUGAGCCCCUGCACGAUAAGGUAAUCAAUUCUAUCUCUGGAGGUUCAGAAAUAUGUGGACUAACAUACUCUGCAGCCAAGAGAUUUGCUCGAGAAGGUUCCAAAACUGCACCUAGCCCGCUGAGGAGUGCUGAAGAGAAAAAGCUCAGAAGCAUGACCAUCAGCUUCGACGAAGAAGAUGGAGAUGAGGAAGCUGAUAAUCAUGACGGCCUCGUCGUAUCUCUCACCGUCAGCAAUUGCCUCAUGAAGCGAGUCUUGAUAGACAAUGGCAGCUCAGCUAAUAUCAUUUUCAAAAUGCUCUAG